AUGGCAAACAAAAAGAGGAAGCUUACCGCUUCCUUCUUGGAGAUUCCCGAAGAGAAGGAUACACUUCUUCGAAGUUGGAGGAGCGGAGAGCACAGCGAUUGGACUUUGACCCUGGGAGACCAUGAGUUCAAAGUGCACAAGGUCAUUGUGGCCACCGGCGAGCGCGCGAGCGCCUUCCUGGCGGCAGCCUUCCGGAAGCACGUGGGCGAUGCGGAAGAGCACACGGACCUGACCGCGCUGCUGCCCAGACAGUGUUGGCCGCAUUUCGAGGCAGUGCUGGACUUUAUCUACUCAGAUAAACUGGACAUUCAGGCCGACAGUUGGGGUCCACUGGUGAAGACGGCCGAUGUGCUUCAAAUGGGCACGCUCUACACGAAAUGUGUGGAGGUGAAGCAGGGAAGCGGUGUUUGCGAGAACUCCCAGGCGGCGCUGGCGGAGAGCAUUGUGGCAGACUCAAAGGCUCCGACGCCUGCCACGAUCGAGAAGAUUCUGUCGCCCCUGAGCGAAGCGAGCGAGGGCGACAGCGAGCUCUCCCAGGUGGUCCAGAUGAGCAGCCGCAUGAGGAAGACACAGGACCUGGAAGUGGAUGCAGAGAUGGUGCGUGGCAUUCCUUUGCAACUUGCGCUGCGCUCCUUGGGCAAGGCCUUCCGCCGGUCACCCGAGAGUAUGACUGAAGAGCAGUGCGCUCGGCUCUUUGAGCAGACCACAGGUGUCGAGCAGUUCGAUCUGUUUAUCUCGCAUACGUGGCAAACUCCUGGACGUUGGAAAUACCUAUCAUUUAUCCUCCAGUCGAGUUGGAAACUUUGCAUUUCUUUGUGGCUCAUUUUGGCCUUGGUGGCUUGGCUCCUUUGCAUCUACGAUCUGUUUCCCAUGCCCUUCCAGUACACCUCGAGCAGUGUCGUUCAAGCAGAUUCUCAAACUGAUGUGGAGAUAGAAUGUCCUCUGGGAAUUCUGAUACUUGUGACACCGAUCCUGGCAUCGUUCAUUGGCUGUUUAGCGUAUCCUUAUCUUCCCUGUGUAAGGUCGAAGUUCUGCUUUUAUGACGCUGCGAGCAUCCAUCAGGCGGAUCCCGUCCUCAUGCGUCGGGGCAUCUACGGCAUCGGGGGCUUCCUCCGCGUCUCCAAAGAGCUGCGAGUUCUUUGGAGUCCGCCCUACUUGGAGAGGCUUUGGUGUGUUUUCGAACUGGCCGCAUAUAGGCAUGCAAAUCCUAAAGGCAAGCUGGUUUUUGCACCACUCUUCGUGGAGAUGGUGGCUUUGGCACUGUGGCUCAACGCUGUUUUGACCACCUCCUUGCUGUGGUGUACCCUGUUUGCGGAGAUGACCAACAGGGCUCAGGUAUUGCUGUGGUUCGUGACGACGUGGCCGCUGAUCGCGGUGCUGCACUUGUCCAGGAAUUGCCUCUGCGAGAAGAACCAGCUCCUGCGGAAUUUGGCUGAAUUUGACCUUCACAAGGCACACUGCCUGCUGGACUCGGAUGAGCAGUUCGUGCAUCAAGCGGUCCAAGAAUGGUAUGGGAGCGCGGAGAGCUUCAACCGCUAUGUCCGUGGGCCAAUGAGGCAAGAACUUCUGGAAUACGAUGUGCGGUUAAGUUUGCCAUUGCCAUACUAUGCGCAGGUAUGGCUGGUCUAUGUGAGCGCUAGUUUGGAAGAACUCUUGUCCCUGAUGAAGGGUGGCAUCCCGAUGGCCACUGCCCGCGCGUUUGGAUGUGGCCACACGAUCGGAAUGACUCUCUGGAUCGUGAUGUCAUUGAAGCUGAUGCUUAAGCUUUGUGAUCGCUAUUCUGCACCACAUCCGAAUCCUUUGUGCAACUGUGGCAAAUCGCUGCUCAUUUACUUCGUCACAAUGAUGAUCAUUUGUGUCGGUUCCAUCGUGAGCUUUGCGAGCAUCCAGUCGCAGCUUGCGGGGAAUGCCUUCCUUUCCAGUGAGGAUGCAGAGAGGCAUGCUCCCAGGUUAGCCAUCGAUGCAGUCGAGUUGCAACUUGGAGGUCGCCUUCAAGAGGAGGUGAUCCACAUUGCAGUGGACUUGAUGGCCAGCUGCUUUAAGUCAAUGAAAAACAGCGACCUGGUCAUGCAGCCAGUGGAGGUGUUGCGGGUCCUGUUACAGCGGGACGACCUGGAGAUUGACAACGAAGAUGCGGUCUUUGAUGUACUUCAAGAGCUUUCCAACAGUUUGGACAAGGCCACAACGAUGCUGACCGGGUUGCUCUGGUCAGGUGUUGCCGAUUGCAGAGACUCUCUCCAAGCCGGGUGUUGCAGAUCGCCGUGA